AUGUCCCACGGGUUCUUCCCCUCCCUGUUCCAUCUUCCAGUGUUCAGAGCUGAGGUGGCGGUAAAAUCUCGUUGUGCUUCUCUACCAUAUGUACCAUAUAUGGAAGCUGGUAUGACACUCUGGAUUCCAAGAAUUCCAAAUCUUGCGCCCUGGACGGUCAAUGUUUUUCCGGAGUUCACUUUUAUGCACAAUCCGAUGAACGUUCGGGCAUCUAUCCUCCGCAUUCUUGUUUUCUGGAUCGCUGUGAGCAACGCCGAUGUACAUAGAAGUGCUGAUCAACCACCGCAUCGGUACUUUGAUUCCGCGCUCAAAAGGGCAAAUGAGAUACGGAUUUUGGUUCCUGUCAUCACUUUGUUCGCCGCAAUCUAUCACUUCCACGACUUCAACCCAUUGCUCGACGUUAUGUCCUCUUUGUAUAGUUUUCUUCGAAUUCCGGAACCAGGAUCAGACGACUCGAUUUCGACGAUGACGGAUGCGGCAUCCAAUCGUACGGACCUCAUAGGAUCAGGCUCUGUGGAUGGAAAUAACAAUACGGCCCCCUCUGCCAGCAGUGCUCUGUUCAUUCUCUUCAUUGUUUUCCAGCUCAUAGGUCUUGUCGGGUCAAUCCUCAUACUAUUCACUGCCUGUAUCUCCAAACUAGUCCGAAAACGCCAUUGGAGCUGGUAUGUGAUUAUGUUUUAUAUGACGCUCGAGCUUGAAUAUUGUUUACUUACCGGUCAAACCCCUGGCAGUCUUCUGGCGGGCGCACCAAUAGAUUGGCGACCUGAAUAUCCCCUGUGCCUGACACAGGCUGCUCUCAUCUACACUGUUCCGACCUUAACUGCCUGCUCCAGCCUUGCACUUGUUAUCCAAGUUCUGGUUAGCGUACGCGCUCUUGCUGCAAUUCACAUAAACCCCACAGCAAUCACUUCGAACGAUGGAGGCAAUACGUCGUUGCAUAGGUUGUGGACGUUUCUCCUCCUUUCGAUUCCAUACCUGUCUGGUGCAGGAAUGUUCGCGAUGUCCCUUGUGAUAGGCCUUCGAGAUCGAGCAACGGUGCGAAGAGAGCCGGGAGGAUUUUAUUGUAAUAUGGAGAACCCCAUUCCAGGAAAACUAUCAGCAGCAAUCGUAGCAGUGAUCAUGCUCAUCUGCGUAUCGCUAGGCAUUACGAUUUGUGUUAUCCUGCGCAAGAAUUGGAAUGCGGUUCGCAGCGACGUUCAGGUCCCGCUUGCGACGGUGACGAGGGUGCUGUGCUUCAGUACGUUCUCGGUGGUGGCUACAGUGCUAGGCCUUCUUUUCUUCGUCACGCCACGAUCUUCUCAUGGUUUCGGCUUGGAGAUAACUCUAUCACUCCUACCGGUCGCAGCGGUCGUGACUUUCGGCUCUCAAAAAGACCUUGUCCGGUCGUGGAAGGCAGGGUUCCAAGCAUUCUUUCACUCGUGCCUGGUGGACCCACGAUGGAGAAUGAGCAACACCACCGACAGCAAGAUCAAUCGCGAUUCCGGAGACGACCCCGACUCGGACGUCGCUGUGGACCGCAAUGCAGCCACGCGUGCAAUCAGUCACAUAGCAGCCAAGACAGCAUGA